UCUCCUCCUACAGCUCUACUUUUCAAAAACAAAAACAAAACGAAAAAAUGAAGAAAAAAUUUCUUCCCCUCAGUCUGACAGUUGCCAAAAAUCCUGUUUGUCUUUACUUUAGUCUUUCACCCCUUGUUAGGAGACCAACAGUUUCCUGGUUGUUAGGAAGCCAACUCUGAGCCUAGUCAAGGUUUAAACGGAGCAUCUCUCCACUAGAGUACAAUCUGCCCCUUAGCUUAGCAGUCACAUUGUCAGUUCAGACCACGUGACACAGUGCUAAGCAUGCACACUAAUGCAUCACACACACACGCGCGCACACACACACCGCCAGCACCCCAGAUGGGCUCACCCAACCCCUCAGAAAUACUCAGAGGCAAUGGGGAGACAGAAAGAGCAAGGGAGAGUACUGCGCAGGGGAGAGAGGUGAGGGCGUGGGCCACGGGAGGGUAUCGGGAGGGGUCAUGCUCACGGGGUCUCUCCCUACCACACUUCCUAGAACAGAACCAGACAGCAGUGCUGUGGCAGAAGCAAGUGGGGCAGGAGCAGGUGACGAGGCUUGUGUUACUCACCAGGGGCCACCUUGACAGCCUGGGCCUGUCUCUUUCUGGGCUGUCUAAUCUAUCAAAAAUUUGGGAGGGCCAUCCCUUGCACAAGUCACUUUAUACCGUUGUUCAUAAUGCAAAAUUGACAUGCAUUUUAACUAUAGUAGCCGAUGCUUGGUGACAUUUAAUGAAUAAUUGCUGCGUGCUGAGUGGUGUACUAAACACUUUGUGAUCUUAUAAGCAGUGACGUAGAAUUAUUAUUUCUGUUUUAUAGACAAAAGUCUUGGAGCACGGAGAGAUUAAUCCACCCAAAGUUUCACGUUUCUAAGUAACUAUGCCCCCUCCCUCCAAUAAAUGCGGGCCAUUAGGAGUUACUCUGGGAUUCACCCCCAACCUGUGGCUCUUUCUUCGUGAAGUCUGAAUGACAAAGGCCAGAACAAUUUUAAAUCUUAAAUCAAUUUUGACUAAAUUAAUGGAUAAAGGGGCCUCACACACCUGGAGUCCCCGGAGGACAGAGAAGGCUGUGGAGUCUCCGCGGGGGUCGUUCGGGAGGUUGUGUGGGGCACUGUGCCCCAUGGGAGCUCUCAGACCGUCCAAUUGCCGGAGGCUUCCGCCGCCUCCCAGCCCAGUCAAGGUGUUUGCCCCCCGCGUUGCCCGGCACUGGCUCAGUCCCCCGCGCUCCAGACGCAACUCCCUACGCCCAGCGCGGGCGCUCCUCUGGCGGGAGGAGGGCCAGAGGGGAGAUGUCGCAACCACCUCCCUCCUCUUUCCCCGCCUCGGCCCUCCGUCACCUCCCGAUGAGCGCGCUCGCAGACCGGUGCUGGCGGCCCUGCGCCCGGCAUGUCCCCCGAGUGCGCGCAGACGGGGAGCACCAGCUCCCUGCGCGGCCAUGAGCAGGACAACCGCACGCGCUUUCCCUUCUUCUCCGACAUCAAGAGCGACCACCGGCUGCUGCUGAGCACCGUGGAGACCACCGCGCUGGCGCUCAUCUUUGCGGUGUCGCUGCUGUGCAAUGUGUGCUCCCUGGUGCUGGUGGUGCGCCGACGGCGUCGCGGCGCCACUUCUAGCCUGGUGCUCAACCUCUUCUGCUCGGACCUGCUCUUCACCAGUGCCAUCCCCCUGGUGCUAGUCGUGCGCUGGACAGAAGCCUGGAUGCUGGGCCGCGUCGCCUGUCACCUGCUCUUCUACAUGAUGACCCUGAGCGGCAGCGUCACCAUCCUCACUCUGGCCGCGGUCAGCCUGGAGCGCAUGGUGUGCAUCGUGCGCCUGCAGCGCGGCGUGCGCGGUCCGGGGCCGCGGGCUCAGGCGGCGCUGCUGAUUUUCAUCUGGGGCUACUCGGCUGUCACCGCGCUGCCCCUAUGCGUCUUCUUCCACGUCGUCCCGCUGCGGUUCCCCUGCGCCGACCAGGAAAUCCUGAUUUGCACCCUGGUUUGGCCCAGUGUGGCCGGAGAAAUCUCGUGGGAUGUGUCUUUUGUUAUUCUGAACUUCCUGGUGCCGGGCCUGCUCAUUGUGAUCAGUUACUCCAAAAUUUUGCAGAUCACAAAGGCAUCACGGAAGAGGCUCACCACGAGCCUGGCGUACUCAGAGAGCCACCAGAUCCUGGUGUCAAAGCAGGACUUCCGGCUGUUCCGCACGCUUUUCCUGCUCAUGGUCUCCUUCUUCAUCAUGUGGAGCCCUAUCAUCGUCACCAUCCUCCUCAUCUUGAUUCAGAACUUCAGGCAAGACCUGGUCAUCUGGCCAUCCCUUUUCUUCUGGGUGAUGGCCUUCACAUUUGCCAACUCAGCCCUAAACCCCAUCCUCUACAACAUGUCACUGUUCAGGAACGAAUGGAGGAAAAUUUUUUUCUGCUUCUUGCUCCCAGAAAAAGGAGCCAUUUUUACAGACACAUCUGUCAGAAGAAAUGAUCUGUCCAUUAUUUCCAGCUAGUUAAGGUUUCUUCCUGGGCAGAUUCCCUCUGGUGAGCCACAGUGUGUAUUUAAAAGGAAUUAAUUUCUAGAACCACCCCUCAGUGUAGCCUGCUGUGGGAAAAUCUAACCUAUGCAAAUACACAUCUAUAGUAUGGGCAAAUUAAGGUAUGAUUAUUCAGUAGAAAAAGAUUUUUGUUUUAUAAAAGGAUCUACCAGGGGUUCCUUUCGCUUGUUUGUUUGUUUUUGGUACUGGAGAUCGAACUUGGGACCUUGCGCUUUCGAGGCAGGCGGCAGAACCACUGAACUAAAUCUCCAGCCCUAGGGGUUCUUUUUAAUAUGACCUUGUCAGUGUUUGUAACGUGAUUGAAGUUAAUAAAUUGUUAUUUAUAGCUGUUCAGGAAUCACAUCCCCUAUAUAUAAAGCCAUACCUUAUGGUUUUUAGAUUGAGUCUUGAAACUCAGAUAUCCCCUUUAAAGGGCUAUGGUCACUCUAGACCUCUACUUUGGGCUGGAGGAAUUUUCCAGAAGCAAUUAAGGAUGAUUUUUUUCCAUUUAUUAAAAAUGCUAUAGACCUCAUAGGAAGACUCCAAAAAAGUCUCCUAACGAGAUCGCUGUCAUGGAUCCACCCAUCAGAAGACUCUGAAGCACCUGCUGUGGCUUUGGUGCUGGGAUUGCAAUGGAGAAGCCAUGGUCCUGCUCAUAGGGAGCAUAUGGUCUUGUGAGUCAGAAUGGGGGACUACACAGAGUGAAAAAAGCACGCCCCGAAGUAGUGUAGAAUUCUGUGGGAGUGAUGGUCAUUUCGAUGGGAUGGGAAGGGUAUAGGAAGACCUUUCUGAGGAGUGACACGAGUUGAAAGGUGAAUUGCAAGGAAGAACCAGCCAGCUGUAUGGCUCUAGGGAAGGCAGGAGACACAGAUGUCGGUGAAGAGGUUUGCUUGCUUCUGGGACAGAGUGAAGAAUGGUGUGAUUGAACAAGCAAAGGUGACCUCUCUGUACUGGACACGCCCCUUGAUGCUGGGAUGGAGGAGUAUCCUGUUAGAGCCCAUGAAGGCGUGCCAGAGAAACUCCAGGUCUCAGAGGCCACCAUAAGGUCAUUCAGUGUUGAAGGGCACCUCUGGAGGUUUGUAGCUGCAGACUGAUGAGACCUAAUGAAUGAGUUUAAAUAUUACUCUAGCUGCCAUGCAAGGAAUAUACUUUGAGGAGCAAGAAUGAAAACAGAGACUAGUUAUGUAGCUGCUGAUAUAGAAGAGUUGGUGCGGUUUUUGGAAUUGGGUGGCAUUAACGAAGGACUGUGAGAAAUGAUCUUGGAAUAAACUUUGGGAAGAUGGAGAAAAAUAGUUUAUUGAUGGAAAGGAUGUAGAAUUGAGGGAAUGACAGGAUUCCAGGACGAUUCUAGAUUUUUAGCCUGCAAUGGCUGGAUGGGAAAGACUGGAAGAAAAGUGGGGGUGAGAAGGCCAAGAGUUUCACUGGAAGAAAAUAAGUUCAAAUCCCAGCGAGACAUCCAAAUGGCAGAGGUACAUGGGUGCAGGGAUGUGAGAGGUAGGCCUGGGAACACAACAUUGUGGGGAGAUACAGAUGGUGUUUAGAGAUCUAUGGUUUUAUGAAAUUCCCUAGGAGAAAAUGGAAAGAAGGAAGAGACUCAAAGACUGAGCACGGAGACGAUGCCAACACUUGGAUAUUGGGCCGACGACUAGAACAUACAGGGCCUGUCACAGAGUAGAUGCUCAACAAAUUCAGUCCCAGUAGCUACUAUCAUUCAUGAAGUUUCUGGAGCAGCUUGCUUCUGAAAUCAGAUUUAUGAACAUGUGCUUAGGGACAAAAGAGGACAAGGAGGCUUUCUUCACCUUUACCUAAUUGAUACAAUAAAUUC